CGAACGUCUACUCUCUCUCUACGAGUGCAUCGUCGAUGGUGUAUUAUUUAUAAAAGUAUUUUUAUGAAAAACUUGGCUGCGUUCGAUGUAUACAGCUUAUUCUCGAGUCGCGGGACCGGUGAAUGAACAACCUUAAAAACAUGUCGUGAUCCUUUCGUUUAAAUUUGAUAAACUGCACGAGAUAAAGAAAAUCCCUUGUCCGUCUGUAUCCUGCAGCCACCGCGUGCAGUAAUAAAAUGGCUGCUGAGAAACGUCAAUACAUUUUAUACCAAUAAUAAGCCAACUUUGUAAAUAAUCGUGGCAAGGCGGAUCGUAAAAAGUCGGAUGCCGUUCAAUUAAUACUCUAAGUUUCUUUUUUUUUUCCAUAAACGUGUGUGCGUGAAAGGGGUGCGUGUGAACCGAAAAUGGCAGAAUUUGUGCGUGGAGGUCCGAGCGUGUCGAACAGUGCUAAGGUACGUACGAGGGUAUUAUUCAUCUCGGAUUAUUCAUCCGCUAUUGUGUCGUCGGUGAAAAGUCUAAAGAGCUAAAUAAGAAGAAAGGGACCGUAUCACACGUUCGAGGAGUCGUAAUAGCUUGAAAAAACUCCAGCGAGUACCGCAAAUUCGGGACUGUUUUUUAAAUAUUUUCUCGGGAAGGUGUUUUCGGUAUCGUUUACGGACAAUAUAUCUCGAUCAGUUUGUACAAAAGCGAAAAGAAAUGAUAAAAGAACGUGGAUGUUGGAGAAUCAUAAGCAGACAUCCGCAAAUGAUGGAUCACAACAGUAAAGGAGGAUCUCCUAGCACUGGUAGCGAGGAUGGUGGACAGAAUGAAUCUAUGAAUGCAGAAAAUGAAUUUGAUCCUUUUCUUGAAAAUAUACCAGAUGAUAUUCAAGAUACAGAGGAACCUGAUAGUGCUAAUGCAACUCUGUUAACAGCUCCUCCAGAAAAUCAGUGGUAUCAUGGUAGAUUAGAUAGAUUUACAGCAGAGGAAAGACUGUGGGAUGCAAAUAAAAUGGGUAGUUAUCUGGUACGUGAAAGUGAUAGGAAACCUGGCAGUUAUGUUUUGUCUUAUUUAGGCAGAACUGGCAUUAAUCACUUUAGAAUCACUGCUGUAUGUGGAGAUUAUUAUAUCGGUGGCAGACAGUUCAAUAGCUUGUCAGACCUUGUUGCAUAUUAUACUCAUUGCUCGGAUCUUCUAAAGAGAGAAAGACUUAUACAUCCUACUCCACCCCCUGAACCAGUAAAUGAUAAAAAACGAAUUGUUGCUAUACUGCCGUAUACAAAAAUGCCAGACACAGAUGAAUUAAGCUUUCAAAAGGGUGACAUAUUUUUUGUGCACAAUGAUAUGGGGGAUGGUUGGCUAUGGGUCACUGCUCACAGAACUGGUGAACAGGGGUUAAUUUUUCGUGAAUUAGUGGAGGAUCUAGAUGAUUCUAUUGAUCCUAAUACUGUCUUCUCUUGGUUUCAUCCUAAUGUUACCAAAAGUGAAGCUGUUGACAUGUUAGUAAAAGCAGGGCCUGGAAGUUUCUUAGUCAGGCCUUCAGACAACAGUCCAGGAGAUUAUUCACUUUUCUUUCAUAUAAACAAUCAGAUACAAAGAUUUAGGAUUGAGAAAAAGGGAGUGAGAUAUCUUAUGGGUGGCAGAACUUUUGAAUGUCUCGAUGCUGUUAUAAAUAGAUACCGAAAAGAACAAAUAGUGGAGGGUCAUACUUUGGUUCAAGCAAUGGUGACUGAACCUGAUGGUAGUGUAAGGGUUAAUAGAGAGGUGCAACACGCGGAAAAAAUAUAUGCGACUCUGAGAGAGUGCCGCGAACAAUCCGGAGCAAAGAAAAAUAAAGGAAUAAAAAUGCAAGGAUAUUUAGAAAAGAAAUCGGAAAAAAACAAGAAAUGGAAAGCCCUGUAUUUUGUACUUUUAGUAGAUGCUACUGAUACUCAUUUGUAUCUAUAUGACAAUCCGAAAAGGACCAAACCUAAAGGUCUUAUCGAUUUAAGCUGUGCUUAUUUGUACCAGGUUCAUGAAAGCGUGUUUGAUAGGCCUCAUUGCUUUCAAUUAGUUGAGCGUGCUUUACCAUGUUUGGCCACGAUAACAUAUUUGGCUGCUCCAAAUUCAGAAAAUGCUUUAGACUGGAUUAAUGCCUUGAAACCAUUAUGUGUGUCACAACUUACUCGUGCUCCGAAAGUUGCUCGUCUCCGUGAAUUGCGUUCAUUGCAUCUUCAUAUUUUAGACGCACAUAGACUUCCAUAUAAGCUAGUACCAAACCCAUUCAUCAUAGUGGCUCUAAAUAAUGUAAAGGUUGCUCGCACGAAAGUUAAGACUGGAUCACACCUAACUUGGGAUGAAGAAUUCAUUCUAGAGGACGUGCCACCCGAUGUCAUGUCGUUUUCCUUAACGUUGUACAAUAAAGGUAAACGUAGUAAAGAUACAGAGGUUGCAGAAUUGACUGUUGAAUUAGCGAGUUUGACCAAUGGAGAAGAGAUGGACGAAUGGUAUCCAUUGUCAGGACUUACUCCAAUAGGAGAAUGGGGCGUGUUACGUUUACGUAUAAGGUAUCGGCACGAUCUAGCGAUGCCACCGGAAGAGUACAGUCCAUUACAACAAUUGCUAUUAGACCCAGAAUUACACGUUGUUAGAGCAUUAGCGGAUGUGUGUCAUUUGGACAGAGUGCCACUUGCAACUAGUUUACUUAGAAUAUUUAGGCACGAAAGAAAAGAAGCUGACCUGCUGCGCUCGUUAAACCAAGCCGAAGUGGACAAAGAAGAUGAAACGCCAACCUUGUUUAGAGCUGCUAGCCUUACGACUACUUUAAUGGAUUUAUACAUGAAAUCAGUUUGUACCUCGUUUUUAAAAGCCGCUUUACGCGACACUAUAGUAAAAUUGAUCGAAAGUAAGCAAAGCUGUGAAUUGAAUCCAACAAAAAUGGAUUCUCCAGAGGAUGCAUGCAGUAACGCAGAAUUUUUACUACAGGUCUUGGAUGAAGUAACGUUGAGCAUUUUCACGAGUCCCGACUCUUGUCCAAGGACUCUCAGAUAUAUUUGUGGAUGUUUGCAAAGAGCAGUUGUUGCCAAAUGGCCACACGAAAGACUAGUCAGAACGCGAGUAGUCAGUGGAUUUAUAUUUUUACGCCUACUCUGCCCUGCCAUAUUAAAGCCUAGGUCAUUUAAUUUAAUAGCUGAACCACCACCUCCAGCUGCUGCAAGAUCUUUAGUAAUGGUCGCAAAGUGUUUACAAAAUUUGGCUAAUUUAGUAGAAUUCGGUGGUAAAGAACCGUAUAUGGAAGUAGUGAAUCCAUUCAUUCUUAAGAACAAAGAACGAAUGGUUGUAUUUCUCGAUCAGUUAUCCAACGUAACUGAGAAACCAGAGUCUGAAGGUGCAGAUCCAAGGAACAAGAGUUGUGUAUCGGAUACAGCAAGAGAUUUGGCGACGUUGCAUCACAUUUGUGUUUCGCAUUUAAAAGAACUUCAGGUUCUCUCGAAGACGCAGUCAACAAUUAAACAGUUAGUGACAGUGACCGAAAUGUUAAGCAAACAUAAACAAAAAUACAUGGAAAUGAUACGGUAGUGCAAGAACUAUUCGCUAUGAACAAUGCCAAACGUAACAAAACAAUUCAUAAGAUUUCACGACAGAUACGCAGUAGUAUUUAAUAUUAAUUAUUAAGUGAUUUAAGUAAUUAAACGUACAGACUGACGUGCCAUAUAUAUUAUUGUAUACACUCAAGCCUACAUUUACCAUUUCGUAUGUAAUUAGAAGAUAGUUUAUACGUAUAGUAACAACACAUGACAGUGAUAUAGUGACAUACAGAAUCAUAUAGACGUAUAACGAUUUUAUAUUUACCUAGGUGCUCAAAAAUAAAUGCAAAUUAAACCAAG